UCUAUGACGAAAUUAUUUCAGAUGCAUAUGUAGAAGAAUAUGAUAGAACCACCACUCCUUCGUCGGUUCCGUGCACUUCGCCAAGAUUUGAAUCUGAAACCUCAAUCCUUGUAUUCAUGUGCAUUUUAGUUCUUAAAAACAUCUCCGUAGAUCGUAGAUCCCAAUCAGCCAACUGUUUACAGACCAGCAAUAUGAAGGCGCAAAGUAGAGCAACUAGGUCUAAGAAACUGGUGAGAGUUGGAUAUUUCGAUCUUAGUAAAACCCUGGGCACGGGUAAUUUUGCUGUAGUGAGACUGGGAACCCAUAGAUUAACCAAAACUCAUGUAGCCGUCAAGAUCGUCGAUAAAAAUGAACUUGACGCCGAAAACCUGCAAAAAAUCAGCCGAGAAAUAGAGAUUUUGCGUCGGCUCUCACACCGACACAUCACACAGUUAUACCAAGUGAUGGAAACGUCAGCUUUUAUUUACAUCGUCACAGAGUACGCAGCAAACGGAGAGAUUUUCGAUUUUCUCGUGAACAAUGGACGAAUGAGUGAACCGGCUGCCGCUGUUAAAUUUUCUCAAAUUCUAAGCGCUGUAAACUACAUUCACAGUGUAGGGGUUGUGCACAGGGACUUGAAGGCCGAGAACUUGUUGUUGGACAGAGACUUCAACAUCAAGCUCGCCGACUUUGGCUUCUCCAACUAUUACAAGGCCGGAGAAAAUUUAUCUACAUGGUGUGGGAGUCCUCCAUAUGCUGCUCCUGAACUAUUCCAGGGUAAAGCGUAUGAUGGUCCUCGAACAGAUGUUUGGUCUCUAGGUGUGAUUUUGUAUGCUCUAGUGUCAGGAUCUCUCCCUUUUGAUGGACAGACCUUGCAAGAUCUAAGAACAAGAGUGGUCAGUGGACAGUUCAGAAUACCUUUCUUCCUUUCACAGGAGUGUGAAAACCUAAUCAGAUGUAUGCUGGUUGUGGAGCCUAGUAAACGUUUAAGUGUUCAGCAGAUAUCUAGACAUAAAUGGAUUAAACUAGGUUUAGGAGAUGAGUACAUGAAUCUUGUCUCAGAGAUGGAAUCUAUAUCGGAACCUCUUAUACUCAACACAGAGGACCAUUAUCUUGAACAGGUUGCAUCUCUAUUAGGUGUACACCCAACUCAAGUACGAGAUUCUGUUGUACAUAACAAGUGUGACGACCUCUCCUCUAUGUACCACCUUCUCCUAUGCAACGCCAAGCUGGCAGAAUCCGACCGAUUUAUCGGAGAAAUGCCUCCCCUCUCCCCCACCGUUCUUUUACAGUCGGAUCAUGUGACAGAGAUAUUCACAGACCAGGAGAACUCAACGGUCGAACAAACUGAGGUUCUUAACCCUAAAGGGGGUCGGAGGCACACACUUGGACCUAGUGGUCAUCCUGUAGGUAUACCUCCUUCAUUGCCAUUUGAUUUCAACACUGUUCUGCCAAACACAAAUCUUCCCUUGAACAUACCCCUUGUAUCCAACCAUCCCUUUGCUUACUUCUCCAUCAAGGAUCAGGACUUGUUACGGCCUCCUGGAAAUAUUCCUGGACAAUGUGUACCUUCUCUAUCACGUAGAGCAUCAGAUUGCGGAGCAUACUCAACCCUUCCUGUCCCUCUGCUCUACCAACACAGGGUCAAGGAGGCAGAAGAUGGACCUGCGGCAGAGAUUCCUGUCCAAACCCUGCUCCGUCCUCGAAUUCUUAAUUAUUCGACCGCGGAUAAUGAUGACUCUUCUAUGCUUGAACGAUAUUUAGUAGGACGGGGAAGCGGGAAGCGUCACACAAUCGCCGGAGGCGGAAUCUCGUCUGUUCUGCCCGAUUCCCCCCGCCGGCGAAGAACCGGACUUAUGACUGUGAUGGAAAAACCGCCGAAAAUAGCUACGGCUUUACUCCAUGAAGUUGAGAGCCGAAUACACGUCCAGCGGCCUGUUUCUCCUCUUGCCUUCUUGCUCAAUAAUGAUUCCUCUCAUUCUCUCCCUCCACAAUCCCCUCCUCCCGUUACAUCUCCCUCCAAACCGUCUCUCCUCCGGCAGCGGAGAACAGGACUGACUACAGUCCUAGAGACGGGAAAGACUAUAAACGGAAGAAUGAGCUUGAGUAAGGAACCCUACUCCCUCCCUUUACCAGCUGACCGCUAUCCUCUCAAUAGAAGGUUGAGCGAGGGUGCUCCAGCAUUCUCUCAGUUCCGCACAAUACCGUCUCCGUCUCUACCCUCUUCUACAGACCAAUCUCCAUGCGAGAUUAGAGCCCUGCAGGAGGAAUAUAUGCAGCUAAGCAAGGAUACCCGUCUGUCACAGGACUCUGGACACUCAUCCUCUGGGUACCAUUCACCACAGUUCCUCCGCCCUCCCUCGCCACCCUUCUUCUUCCCUCCUAAUAGUAGUUCACAGGUUCAAGAGGAGGAUGAGUUGAAUACAGAUCCAAGCAUCACACAGGAUCUAGAAUAUGCCAGCACACAAGAGGGUCAACCUGUCUCCCAGGAGGGGACCCUCUCUGCACUAUACGAGGAAAUGUACGCCUCUCAUGAUCAUAGUGCUCGAAGGUCCUCCUACCCUAACUCUCCGGCCCACCUGAAGGAUAAACACACUCUGACACAGCAUUUGCAGCAUCUUUGUCUGACGCAGAAGCUUCUGGAGUCAAAUCCCCAGGACAACAGAAUAAAGGGAUCAAUCACGCAGGGUUUACCAAGUCUAUCUGCUACUACGACGCCCCUUGCCACGCCCUCAAUCACGCCAGGGGUAACACCUAAACGAGAAAAAAGAGGAGGGUUGGAUUGGCCCGCCCAUAAAUACGCUUUGUCUGGUCAAAGCAGUUUAGAAGAGGGUGUGUCAGCCCCUGGACCUAGAUAUUUAGGAACUCAUCAUCCAGAGGAAUAUAUUCAGAUUCCAGUUGAUUCUGGUUUUCAGCAGAAGCAUCCACAGAUCUGUGUCACGGACGUGAUGGGGGACCAGUUCAAGUACAUAUUCUCAGAGCAAAUAGAGUCCAUGGAUCAAAGUUCAUAGAGUACAUAGGGUUCACAGAGAUAUUGAUGCUCAAACAAAACAAUGCAACUAUAAUUCUGUCAGUUUAGUUUAUCUAUCAUUCUCUCAGGAGGUUGAAUGCGCUUUAAGAAAAGUCGAAUCAUUGCUUUUUCUUGUUUUUAGUUUUGCAGCUGCACAGUUUUGAUAAAAUUUACAUAAAUUACAACUACAAUCAGCUGUUUUCAAACGCACAAUCCAUCUUAUAAAAAAGAAUUAUUUGAAAAUUUAGUCAGCCUGAAAAUUGAAAGAAAAAAACGAGAAAUUUACUGUUUGUAAAAAGAUAUAAAGUUUAUUUGAUUGUGAAUAUAAAUAUCGUUCAGAAAAUGUUGAAGAGAUUUAUCAGUCUUUGAUAAAUUGUACAUUUGUUUGUAUUAACCUUAAUUAUUAAGCGGUUACUGUUUUUAAUCAUUUUUUUCUUGAGUUAUAUCUCUUGAAACCCCCUGUCAGGUUAAAUGUGAUCUCGUUCUACACAUGAGUUGUCAGCUGUUCUAUAUCAUUUAUGGGCGUGUGGUAGCGUUAGUUGAUUUAUAAUUAGAAUUUACCGAAUUUUUCACUUAAGGUAGCUGUAUUUUUGCAAUCAGUUGACUAUCAAGUGCUAUCAGCUGAUAUUUAUUUUAUGGAACAGCUGAUUUUCAACAUGUUAACAGCUAGUUAUGAAUAUUUGUUACUAAAUUAAUAAAUUGAUGUCGUCAGUUAUCAUGUUAUAUUUUAUAAUUCAUUCGUAUACUUAUUAAAAUCAAGGGGCAUUUUUUAUCUCUUGCAUUAAGCACAUAUUCGAAACAUAAUUUUGUUUUUGUUUUGUCCAAUCUUAAAUCUAAAAAGAAGUGGUUUGGUCAAGUACUGUUUACAAUUAGAUACAUGGUUGGACAGUUAGAAAACUGUGAUUAAAACGCAUUUUUAUGUAAAUAUACAUUUCGCAAGCUUUACAUCAGUCAGCUUACUAAUCUUAAAUAAUGUAAAAGAGUUUGUUUAGUAAAUAAUAAAUUUACGAUGGCUGGGGCGGGUGUUAGCCCGGCCCUCUCUGCACUCAUUAAAAUAUAUUCAUUACUUGGUUUACUAAUACUAGUCCUGUUUUACAUUCUGCUAUCUUGUAUGCUGCUUUUUACAGA